AUGGUGCAUCUCAGGGAGAUCCCGCGGACGGCGGUUUUUGCAUGGUCGCCUGGCACUGGCAAGCCGUUUCUCGUCAGCGGGACUCGCGCCGGCGCUGUCGAUGCUGACUUCUCCGAUGAGACAAAGCUCGAAAUCUGGGAUCUGAGCCUGGACAGUUUGGGCCACGCAGUCGAGCUGCAACCCAUCCACAGCAUCACCACGGACUCGAGGUUCUACGACAUUGCUUGGGGCCCGCCGGAUGCCGACCAUCCGCGCGGUAUCAUAGCUGGUGCCUUGGAGAACGGUUCGCUCGACCUCUGGGAUGCCGAAAAGCUUGCGACCGGGGCUUCCGAUGCGCAUAUUGAGCGUGCUACAAAGCAUAGCGGCGCGAUUAGGGCUGUCCAGUUCAACCCAUUGAAGCCCCAGAUCCUAGCGACGGCUGGCGCAAACGGCGAGCUCUUCAUUUAUAAUGUUGAGGAUAUCCAGAACCCGUUCCGGCUCGGUAACGCCGCUGCCUCCCGUGUGGACGACAUCGAAUGUCUGGCCUGGAACAAGAAGGUGUCCCACAUACUAGCAAGUGGUAGUUCUGGUGGACUGGUAACUGUGUGGGACGUCAAGACGAAGAAGGCGUCUUUGACACUGAAUAACAACCGUAAGGCUGUCAGUGCCAUUGCGUGGGAUCCAACGAACUCGACAAAGCUCAUCACUGCGUCCCCCGACGACAACACGCCUGUGAUCUAUCUCUGGAACCUGCGCAAUUCCAAUGCCCCGGAAAAGACCCUAACAGGCCAUGAGCAAGGCGUACUGUCUCUUUCGUGGUGUACACAGGACCCGAAUAUAAUGAUCUCCUGUGGAAAAGACAACCGUACCUUAGUGUGGAAUCCAAACACCGGUGACAUGUUUGGUGAGCUUCAAGAGGGGACCAAUUGGGCUUUUUUGACGCGUUUCAACCCCGAAAACCCAAAUCUGAGCGCCACCGCCGCUUUCGACGGGAAGAUAUCCAUACAGACGAUACAGACCACGAACAACUCGGCCGAUGCACAGGUGGCAGCGCAGAGCAGUAUGGAUGCCGAAGAUUUUUUUGCAACUGCUCAUGCAUCUCCUUCGGUUGUGAACUUCUCUCUGCCAACCCCCCCAAACUGGUACUUGAAGCCUAUCGGCGCUGCGUUUGGUUUUGGAGGCAAAGUUGUUUACUUUACCCUGAACGACACGCCCGCUGGGCAGCCCCAAUCAUCCACAGUUCAUAUUGAGCGGUUUUCGGCUGACUCUGACGUUGCCCCGACCACCGAAAAAUUUGAAAAAGCUCUUCAAUCGGGUGAUGUGAAAUCUAUUUGCGAUUCGCACAUCGAAGGUGCCAAAACCGACGAAGAAAAGGCGGACUGGGAGGUGCUUGAAACUCUUAUCGACGAAAACCCUCGUCAUAAGGUCAUUCGCCGGCUCGGUUUUACGCAAGACGAUGCCGAAACAGACGCUCCUGACACCGAUGGCGACAAAAGGCAAGCAGCUACAAAAUCAGAGAGUGGGCCAUCGAAAGACGCGAUUGGCGAAAAGAAAAAGGAUAACCAUAUGUCCAAUCUCUUUGGGGAUGGAGAAGAUGCUGACGGUGAUGACGAAUUUCUGGCUGGUCUGUCUCGCGAAAAGGGUGGUGUCAAGCUAUCGCAGCCAUUCCAUCUGCUCGGUCAGGGUAACACUGCUCUGGAAGACGUCAUAACAAAGGCGGUUAUGCUCGGCAACUUUACGCGUGCUGUUGACAUCUGCCUGCGGGAAAAUCGCAUCGCCGACGCAUUCGUUAUUGCCAACUGUGGUGGCAAGGACCUGGUUCAGAAGGUCCAGACAGCAUACCUAGCUGAGGCCAGUGGCUCGCCAAGCUACCUUCGGCUGCUUGGCUCAGUCAUUUCCGAGGACCUCUGGGAUAUCGUCCACAACGCUGAUUUGGCGAACUGGAAAGAGGCAUUGGCGACACUCUGCACAUUUGCAAAACCAACCGAAUUUCCUAACUUUUGCGAAGGUCUUGGCGAUCGCAUUCUUGAGGCUGGCUCGCGCAAAGACGCCUCGCUUUGCUACCUGAUCGGCUCAAAGUUAGAAAAGGUGGUGGAAAUUUGGAUUACAGAGCUGGAAGAGGCUGAAAAAGCUGGAGUCAAGGACAAUAUGGAGGACUCAUCUUUCGCAGUACAUGCCAAGUCGCUGCAGCAGUUCAUCGAGAAGGUCACUGUCUUCCGAUAUGUUACAAAGUUCAGUGAACCAGAAGCCACUCUCGCUUCUGGCUGGAAGCUUGCAUCGCUAUACGACAAGUACAUCGAGUACGCCGAUAUCAUGGCGUCCACCGGGCUCAUGUCUGUUGCACAGCAUUACCUAGAUCUCGUCCCGACAACUUACGAGGCGGCUGAACUGGCGCGCAGCCGUGUCAAACUUGCGAUUCAGAAAUCCGCCCCGGUACAACGUGCUACCACGGCAGGACAAAGCAGGACUCCAGCGACUCGAACGCCGCUUGUAGGUGUUGGUUACCCCGCGCCACCGCCCUUGACAAACCAGGUCCAAGGCGGCGUCACCCCGACGAAUCUAUAUAGCGCCCCAGCUCCUCUGGCGUCAUCCAGCCCCUAUGCACCGGCCGGUAUCCCUCAACAUGGACCCUACCCGUCUGUGGCAGCCCCAUCGUAUAGUAGCCAAAGUUAUGCUCCGCCACAGCAGACCUCCACAUAUGCUCCUCCACUCGGCGCGUACGGAGCACCGUCUGCUAACCCAUACGGUGCCCCUCCACGCAAUGCAACCCCUACAAGUCUGCCUCCCCCGCCUAAGGCAAAGGAUGUAGGUAGUUGGAAUGAUGUUCCCAUGGUCACAAAGGCACCUAUACGAAAGACAACACCGAGCGUGGCACCUAUUACAGCACCGUUCGGGUCGCAGACCUUCUCGGGCCCGCCGCCGCCUAACAGCCCCUAUGGUGCUGGCUCCCGAGGUGGCUCCACGCCUCCCCCUCCCCCCAAGGGUCCAGCACCCCCCCGUGUGAGUUCCCCUCUUGUUGGCCUGCCAUCAAAUACGAUCAAUGCGCCGCCUCGUCCUCCGUCUUCAGUCGCAAAUGCGUACGCACCACCGCCCCCUGCCACCGGCAGUACUCCGAGUCUUAGUAUGAACCGCCCAGCUCCUCGGACAGACUCCCCUUACAAUACGCCUCCAACAGGAGCACCACCGCCGAGUCGAUAUGCCCCCGCUCCAUCUGCACAACAAGGCUCCCCGGCAGGACUUACGCAAAACGGGGCAUCAAUCGAACCCUUUCCUGGCUCUGCUCGUACACCAUCCGGCCAAUAUGCUCCACCGCCAGCAGCAGCACUAGGCCAGUACGCACCUCCAGCCUUUGAUACAGGUCUUGGCACGUCCGGUCCGCCACCCGUUGGAUCUCAUCUGUCCGCUGGUGGACCCCCUCGUGCUACGCCUUCAGCUGCUGCAACUGCCACGCCCCCGCCGCCGCAGACCACUGGUCCGCCACUACGAAAGAGUAAAUAUCCUGCCGGCGAUCGAUCUCACAUCCCGCCGAAGGCCCAAAAGCUUGUGCAGGUUUUGGAAUCCGACCUACAGCGAGUCGCGGCUCGGGCUCCAGAAACUUUUAAGCCGCAGGUGAAUGACACCCGGAAACGUCUAAACCUUCUUUUCGAUCACCUCAACAACGCAGAGCUCGUCAAGGAUGAUACGAUCCAGCAGCUUCACGAUCUCGCUAUUGCCCUUGAAAGCAAGGCCUAUGACUCGGCCCAAAAGCUCCAGGUCGACAUCCACCGUGAAAAGUCGGAAGAGUGCGGUCACUGGAUGGUCGGAGUCAAGCGCCUGAUUGCAAUGAGUAAGGCUACCCCGUAG